GGCUGCGAGCCCUCAGUGUCUGGAUCUAUGGUGCAGAUAGAUGGGCCGCGUGCCACACGUCGUCAGCCCACAGGCCGCAGAGGUUGAAAGUUUGACUCCCAGUAUUCUGCCGUUUCUCCCCUUUUCGGCGGCUUUUUUCUCCGCUGCUUGGAUUCUACUGACCUAGGCAUUGGAUAUGUGCACACAGGAUGAUGACAACCCCUUUCCUCCCCGUAGAAGUAAAAUAAAAUAGGCUUUCGCGCACACUGGAUUUUCUCCUGACGUUCCAUAUGAAGAAGUCAAAAAUUUGGAUACGCGUCUGUGUCCAUUUACUGCUGUUCAUCAUUCUUGGGGUUAAUUCAAGUAAAUUUGACGUCAACCCAGUGACAGAUGACAUCUCGAGACUCUCUGUUUUGAGACAAAAUAUUCCUAAAGAUUACAAAAUUCCUGUACAUUACGUUCCAGAAGCAGAGGGUGGGAUGUGCUGGGUAAAAUUAAAUGUCUUCUACUUGGAGGAUAGUUUACAAGAUUUAGCGCAUAAGUUUGGAAACAUUUCAUCCAACAGAAAAGAUAUUAGCAUAUUCAUCCAAAUGCUCCAAGAACUGAGGCUCAACAUGGGGUCAGUGGAGCCGAUCAUGUAUGACUUUGAGUGCCACUACAGGCGAGAGAUGUGGCAUACGGCGCGAUACUUUGACUUUGUCAAAGACUUCCUCAUAGCUGCACAGAAUAGAGAGGACUCAGAUGACUGUGAUCCUCCUCCCUGUCCCACCACACCGUACACAGUAGCAGCAGAAGGAUAUUUAAAAGAGUCACCCACGUCCACCAGUAAAGCCUCAGUGUGUCCAACGGGCUGCAGUCCACGAGCAAGAUUCCUGCCCGAGGUGGUGGAGCGAAGCCUUCUCUCCUUACUGUUCAUUCCACUCCUAGCCCUCGUAUUCCUGCUCGUGUGGAAGGUCCGAUCACGGAGGAAUGAGGAGGAUCUUCAGCAGAAUCCUGGAGCAGGUGGACUCUUCACAGGAACAGAGUGGCCUGCACCUCCACUAGAUGAAAUGUCGGAAAAAAACAAGCUGAACAUCAUUGAAACAGUGUAAUGCUUUUAUCCUUUGAUGUUCUUCAGAAUAAUUGGGCUCUACUCUUUCUUCCUGUUGGUGUCAAAAGGUGAUGAAAAACAAACAUGAAGCUGAAUUUCAUGGUGAGAUCUCAGCGGUGAAAGGCCUGUUUUUGACUGCCCUCCAGAAGGGCAGAUUCACCACUACCAUGACCAAGAUUUUUCUGGUUAAAUCAUGCCUGCUACCGUAUGGAUAAGCCUGCCUUUUAUUGUAAGACUGCAUUAACCAACCCCAUGCUUUUGAAAAAGACAGUGAGAUUUUGGCAGAAUGAAACCCCCCCGUACCACGCCCCCCACUGGAGUCUCCGGCUCUUGCAAAUAAUCCAUCAGAACCUGCUGCAUCGUACACUCUUUGGGGAGAAGGCAACGGAUGACUAUCGAGAUUAUUAAUGACUUAAGAGGUAGGAGUGUGAAUGGGGCACGCUGGCUGUGACCUUUCCCAUCAGGCCGCCCUGCUGCGACAAGCUGAGACUGACAGAAGUGGCAGGACACAAACAUCUGUUUAUGUAUGUAGUUUGAGUAUUUCUAUCAUGUUUGUGGUCUUACAUUGUACCAUGUCCAUUCUGGGUUUCGUGCCUUGUUUGAUUAGUUUAGCCGACUCCGUGUGUAAAUGUCAAAAGCCUGUCUAUGUUUCUGUUUGGUAGAAGAAAGUGGAGAGGUCAUUACAGGGCGGAUUGGAAUAAUCUCACCAGAGUAACCCAACGCAUAUGAUCCCCAAUCUCUCUUUUUUUUUUCUAAUGAAGUCAAAACCACGACAGUUUAGUUGGCUUGACCUGUGCCCAGUGGUGAUUUGGAAGACAGUUCAGCAGUGAAAGCUCUAUCAGCAGAACAACCUGUUCAGUGGUUGUGACAUUUCUGUCCACACAUAACAUUUUUAGCCUUUGUAACCUUUAGGAAACAGUUCAGCUGGUAACACUGCUUGUUUCAUGUGUAUUGGGGACUAUAUGUUGGGAAUUUUUGUUAUAGGAGACGAGAAUAUAUUGUGCUAAAUUGAAUCUGUGUUUGAAAAAAAAAAAAAAGUAUACCACAUUGGUGUUCAUAUAGUUCAGAGCAACAGUACCUUUCAGCAUCAAUAGCUGGAAUUCUUUGGUGUGGUAAAGUAUUGUUUGUUGUGUUGAACUGCAAGACAAUUUUAUUCAUUCCAAAAUACAUCUUUGAAGAACACUCAAUUAAUGGCGACAUAUUACUGGUACCAUAUUCUCUAUGGCGAUUUAGAGCUGAGUCUUUGUUAGAAAAAGUAUACCACAUUGGUGUUCCUAUAGUCCACAGCAACAGUACUUUUAGCAGGAAUAUCUGAAAUGAAUGGUGUGGUAAGGCACUGUUACUUUUUAAAGCUUUUAGCCAAUUAUGUCCAUUCAAAAAUGCAUUUUUGAACAAUAUCGGAACAUACUAUCUAUGGCAGUUUAGACCUGAGACUUUCUCUUCAGUCAUCUUUAGGUUACAUGAAGACUAUUGCGUGCGUUGCCCAGUAUUCUGACAGAGACCCAGGCUAGUCUAGCCACAAACAAACUAACAAACAAGGUAUACAAUGUCAAAAGUUGCUUUUUAUACAUAGUCUAUGAAUAUCAUGAGCUGCAACAGGUCUAAGCUGUGAACAAAAAAAAAAAAAACAUGGUCUCCCGUUUUCCUGUCUAUGCAUGAGCCACAAACGGUCUGUAUGUCUGAUGCAUGGAAGCCAGAAACCAAGCAAUUCCAUGCAUUAGUCAAGAGGAUGACUGCCCUUGAUUACUGUUCCUACGUGGGUUGUUGAGGGUCUGAGAGUGAGCGGAGCUGCAUCCUGAACAGUGCUUUCGGGCUCGAGUGAUCCAAUCCAUCCCACUUCAGUGGGUGAAUCAAAUGGCUCAAGGCAGGAAAUAAGUCUGGGUGCCAAAAAGCAAAUGUAAUUAUUGCCCAGUUGGUAUUCUGGGUGAAAACUCUACUGUAUUCUGUAUUUUUGUAUAAAUGUAAACAAACAUAUAUGAGAUAUGAAUAAAG